CGGCGCGGUGAUUGGCGGAGACGCCGUGUGUGGAGCUGGGAGAGAGGCUGCAGCGCAGCGAGCCGCGAGACAGGCACAGUCCGCGCCGGCCGCCCGCCCCGAGACAGCCGCCGCCGCGCUCCCGCCGCGCACAGAAAUAUCAGCAUGGAUAAAAAUGAGCUGGUGCAGAAGGCCAAACUGGCUGAGCAGGCUGAAAGAUAUGAUGACAUGGCAAGUUGCAUGAAGUCUGUGACUGAGCAAGGAGCUGAGUUGUCCAACGAAGAGAGGAAUCUUCUCUCUGUUGCCUAUAAAAAUGUUGUAGGAGCCCGUAGGUCAUCUUGGAGAGUCGUCUCAAGUAUCGAACAAAAGACGGAAGGCGCUGAGAAAAAGCAGCAGAUGGCUCGAGAAUACAGAGAGAAAAUUGAGACUGAGCUAAGAGACAUCUGCAAUGAUGUGCUGUCUCUGUUGGAAAAGUUCCUGAUCCCCAACGCUUCGCAAGCAGAGAGCAAAGUGUUCUAUUUGAAAAUGAAGGGAGACUACUACCGCUACCUGGCUGAGGUGGCUGCUGGCGACGACAAGAAAGGGAUAGUGGAGCAAUCACAACAAGCAUAUCAAGAAGCCUUUGAAAUCAGUAAAAAGGAGAUGCAGCCAACACACCCCAUCAGAUUAGGCCUGGCUCUGAACUUCUCGGUGUUCUACUACGAGAUCCUCAACUCCCCGGAGAAAGCCUGCUCCCUUGCCAAAACGGCUUUUGAUGAAGCAAUUGCUGAGCUUGAUACAUUAAGCGAAGAGUCCUACAAAGACAGCACGCUAAUAAUGCAGCUACUGCGAGACAACUUGACAUUGUGGACAUCGGACACCCAAGGAGAUGAAGCUGAAGCAGGAGAGGGAGGGGAGAAUUAACCAGCCUUCCAACUUCGUCUGCCUCAUUCUGAAUUGACACAGUAGCCCAUCUGUCAUCCAUGCUGUCCCACCAAUAGUUUUUGUUUACCAUUUGACAGGUUUAUGUUACUUCUCUUUGGAUUUCUAUAUUUCCCAUGUGGUUUUGUUUGGUAUUAGGGAAUAGAGCCAGUUACCGUUGGGGGAGUUGAUCUGUUUCCAUCCGAGGUGGCCGUGCCGGGGUGUGACAUUUUUAUACACGUUUUCCAUGUUUGGCAUAGUACUCUUGGUACAUGGUGGCUUCCCACAAGGCCAGUGUUAGAACAGCUUUCUGUGUCAGGCAAAGACAGCUGCUUGUGUGUUGGUCUGCCCUGGGGAGAGGGAUGCUCAGCUGCAGCCGGAGGUGUCGGCGGCGCGGGUCCGAGCUGGGCCGCAGGUGAGGCGCGGUGGGUGGUGCACGCC